AUGGUUCCUGAGAAAAAGAUCGUCACCAGGAGAAUACCAGGGCUAUUCCAGUAUAUGGGACUUUACUCUUCACUCGAUGGCAAAAUCCAAAAAGCAAAAAACAGAAGCUUUUCGAACAACAUACGAGUGUACCACUUUCCCAAUCCACCGGCAGAUGUCGUCACUACAAUAGGCGUAUACAAAAAGCACUACCCGGAGUAUUGCUACGACGAAUCCGAUAAAUUCUUCUGGGGUAGCGUACCGAAGAGGAAUGACAGUUUUGAUGUGAUUUUAAGGAAACCCGCAAAUGUACGUAGAAUUUUCGUCAGUUCCGGCCUUCCGUCACACAAGGAGGAUAUUAUAAGGUACGCAGAAUUAAAAGUGGCAACAGUUUUCAAGAAAAUGCUGACAGACAGAAAGGCUGUUUGUUCAGAGUUUAACACCGUGGCUCUUUCUGAAAUGGGAAAAGCGGAUGCAACGGUCAACACGACAUUGCCUAAAGAGAACAUUCAGUGUAUACGGAUAGAAUUCAUCAAGAAGCAAUCAAACUGGUUAUUGAUUAAUGAGAUAUCGGUUGAUAUAGAACGUACGGAAAAUGAUUAA